AUGGGGGACGGCGAUGUGGUGCUUAAACGAGCUCAUACCAACCACGGUGAAUACGAGGAAGAUGUGAUCGCGGAGAUCCUAGCGAAGCUACCGGUGAAAUCCUUAAUUCGAUUUCGGUGCGUCUGCAAGUCAUGGCGUGCUUUGAUCUCCGAUCCCUAUUUUGUGAAGAAACACUUUUCAUGGCGUGCUGAGACCUACAAGGUCAAUUUCGACCUGCAUCCUCCCUUGUUCGUAGACUUGAAAGCUUUGGAAAAUAUCAAAAAUGGUGAUGAUGUUCAGUUUGCGGUCACUGAGCUGGAUUUCCCGGUAUCUGAAAGUAUCCCCGAUCCCGGUUACAGAAGAGUUGUUGGUUCUUGUAAUGGCUUGGUAUGUGUAGAAGUUGACUUUAAAGCCAUUAUGUUAUGGAACCCUUAUACUAGGGACUCCAAGGUUUUACCAACACCUCCUGGAGUUAUAAAGAAGUCUUAUGGUGGCUGCUACGAUUUUUAUGGAUUAGGAUAUGAUUCUGCUACCGACGACUACAAGGUCAUACUGGGCGUCACUUAUUAUGAUGAUGCAAAUGGUGCUAACAAAAUCAUGAUUCACAUCUUUGCACUGAAAACAGGUUCAUGGAGGACUGUCCAAGGCAUUGAUUAUGUUGAGUUAGACACGCGGCUGGGGCUGUUUGUAAACGGAGCUCUGCAUUGGUUAUAUAAUCUACCCGGAGUGGGCUCAAGAAUUUUGCUCUUUGAUUUAGGGGAGGAGAAAUUUCAGAAGACGGUUCCAUUACCCUAUGAUGACUGGUUGUAUGAUCCCUUGAUUUAUAGAAAUUGUCUGUGUGUAUGCAGUUGCCCAGCUGAAUCCAAUAGUAUCCACAUAUGGAUGAUGAAAGAAUAUGGGGUCAAGGAAUCUUGGACUGAACUAGUCCAAUUUUCUUUGGAUAAUUGUGUGCUGGGUCCUGGUGAUUAUAGGCAAUAUUUCAAGCCUGUGUGCAUUUUCGAGAAUGGUGUAGUUUUAAUCAAUGAGAUGGGUAAUUAUGAACGCCUCGUGGUAUUUUCUGAUCUAAAGGAGAAGACAUUCGAGCAUUUUGUUCAGGUCUCGCAGGACUUGGGUAUUAGAACAGUCAUUUACCGUGAGACAUUAGUUUCACCUGAUGUCCACACAUACAAAACCAACUAUGUGAGACUUCUUUAUCCAUUAACAUUAGAAUUUUAUUAG